GCGUUCCCAUGGUUACAGCCAGGAAGUAAUACGCUGCAUUUGUAGGGUGACCUUAAGUUCUUAAACUCUUACAGUCCCCUUGUCCUUCAUUUUACACUCAGUAUUGCUGCUGUCUGACACGUUAAGAUUUCAUUUGUGUCCAGAAAAUGAGUGGCAGCAUCGAUGAUAACAAGCCUGUGACCUGCACAGUCAAGCCUCCGGUCUUCCUGCAGAUUGGAGAUGCCAAAACAGAUACGUGUCCAUCUGGUGUCUGUGUUGUAGAUGUCACCCUUCCCUUUGGAAAUCCUGUAAAUAUUGAGGAAAUCACCUUCAAGAACUACUACACAGCUUUUUUGACUGUGCGUUUGCUGAGGCGACACCCAGGGCAGAAUGCUCCUGCUGAGUGGAGCACAGCUCUCAGACAGCUGACUCUGAUGGAAAACCCACACACUGAGGGAGGCUCCCAAGACUACUUCUCUAUUCACAGGACACAGAUGCUGGUGGAACCAGAUCACGUGACAUCUGUGAGACUAAUCUUAAGACAGCCAUCCUCGGCUUGGUUAACUUUCAACCUUGAAGACAUCAAAAUAUACCCUCAUAUCGAGCCGGGCCCAGAGAAGGAGGUUUCUGAUUGGCUGUCUGACCUGACCCUUAUUGAUCAACAUCCUCCUUUGGAGGGACUCCCAGAUCCCCAGACUGUAUCAUCCACGAUCCAGCAGAUGUGGGCUCUGACUGAGGUGAUGCAGAGCAACCAAACUACAGCCUCUGUCGGACGAUUUGAUGUGGACGGAUGCUAUGACAUCAACUUGCUCUCUCUGACGUAGCGUGCUCACUGUACUCUGUUGUGCACCUUGUGGAGCGCAGCACAGAAUAUGAACAGCCAAUGAGUAGUAUCUCAGUGUGAGAAUACAAAGUGUUAUUAUGUGUUACUGACACAAGUAAUCCCCUCUAACAGUGAUACAGGACCCAGAAAACACUCACUGUUCUUUAUAUUAUGACUGUAGCACUGUACAACCUGUCACAUAUUACUACAAACCAAAUACUGUAUUCACACAUGGAUCUAAUGUAUUCAACACAUUCUUGUUGUUUUAUGGAAUGAAAAUGACCAGGAUU